GAUGCCCUCUUCGGCCUCUUCCAGAGAAAAGCUCCUUCUUAAGAGGAAUAAUAACAACGAGGAGGAGGACGACGAGGAGGGUGAACGUCGUGUCGAAAAUAGAACGUUCUUUCGGCUGAGGAUACGCUCGUCGAGCUUCGGGCAUGCGGAAGGUGUCUUCUGCUCUUUCUUCUUCUUCUUUGGAGACGGCGAUCGAGAGGAAUUCGAUCGGGAAGUCUAACUCGUCGAGAUCGAUCUCUCGCAGAUAUCAGCAUGUCUCAGGCGUCGUUAUCGAACGAUUUGGAAGGCACGAUGAACGAUUUGGAGGCAAGUCAGCAGCAGCAACAUCCUUGUCAAUGCUCGACGAUGAGCGGCAUUAAUUCGAUAAGGACGCAACGGGAGAGAGCGGAGAGAAGCGUGGGAAGCACGAGGAUCUCGAGCGGUCAGGAACUUCCUCGAGGAUUGGAGGCGCUACAGAGUGCGUUCGAGCCGUUGAGAAGAUUGGACAAUACGAUGUCUCAUCAGGAGACGCAACAAUUGAGCUUGGAGAAGGCGAGAAGCGUCGAGAUUUUGGAGCAUCAAAGCACGCCGCUUUCGCGACACGCUCGCAACGUUCCGUGCAGUCCAAGAAAUUUGGAUCUCUCGCGAAAUCUUGCCUUCGAGGCGGCGAGAAGAGUCCAGGAGUCAUCGAGUUUGCAGGAGAGUCGACAAAGUUUGACGUCCAGUCCUAGUCAUCCGUCGGAUAUCGGCCAGAGUCCGAUGGAAACGUCGGCGAAGGAAACGUCGGAAAAACAAUUGGACGAUCCCUGUGGUUUGUCUCCGAAGCAAAACAUCUCCAAGGAUAAAUUGAAAAACAUACAACAGGUUUUGAACACCUAUCAGCAUCAUCGAAUACCUAUCAGCGGGGAAUCUAAUACGCCGGAACGGAACGUUCAUGGCCAUUUUCACGGCGAUUCUCACGUGCAUUUGCACAAGCACAACGUCGAUAACUCGAGAACCAACGCGAAUCUAGAAGCGAGCGACGGUCUUAAGGGAUUCCAGCAGCGACAGCAUAGCCAUCAUCAUCACGGAACGCCAAAGCCCACGAACGUGACUCAUCAUCACGGGGCCACGAUGAUGCACCAUGCCGGGGCACACCAUCAUGGAAAUCUCGCGACCGGCUUGGUCGGUCACAUACACGGAAGCUCGACGACGGGUCUAAGCGGAUCCGGGAACGCUACGCCGACGAUCGGUCACGGCAAUACGGCCGGUGGCAAUAAUCCAAAUUCUCAUCAUCACGCCAGUCCUAUCGCCGCAACGACGACGACGACCACGACGACGUCCUCGACGACGACGGCGAUGACGGCUACGACGACCACGACGGCAUCGAUCGUCGGACAGAAGGGUUCGCCUAUGGCGAGUCAUCGACAUCCUACCGUGUCGAGUGCCAUCAGCGGUGCCUCUUCUAACUCGAGCAUGAUGAAUCACGGCGGAUCGCCGAGCGUACAUCGGCACGUCGUAAACGCGAGUGCCAGUUUGUCGGCUACUCCAUUGGUCGCUCGACAUCACGGCAGCUCGACCGGUAGCUUGACCGGUCGCUCGAGCGUCAAUCAUCAUCACGUGAGUUCCGGUAUCUCCUGCGAAUCGUCCUCGUCGAACGCGAAUACCAGGACUCAUAGCAGGUUGGAUCACGUUCACGAUCAUCAUCAUCAUCUGCAACAGGUUCACUCUUUGCACCCUGACUCGAGAUCGAGAGAUAGAGCAGCCUCGUUGGUUCAUCCUCUCGACGAACAUCACGGUCAUCACCACGGGCACGUCCACGCUCAUGGUCAUCCUCACGUGCAAAACAACGAUACCAAAAAUUCAUCCCUGAUAAGGGUGGACGCGAUCCAGGUGUCAGCACCGUCGAAGAGCAGCAAGUGUCAGUGUCACGCUGUACAACAGGCUAGCGGGAACAAGAGAAGUUCGGAGGGUGAGACCGACGACGGUGGAAUCGUCGAAGUAACGUCGAGAACCCAUCAACCUCCGGCUCUACCGCCACGACCACCUCCCAGACCAACGAGACGUUACGAGACAGCGACCGCCGAUCAAUGUCAUACCGGCGAAGGUGGCUGCUGCAAGAAAUACGUCGUUCUUUGUUGCCUUUGCGGUGGGCUCAGCGCGGCAGUCGGUAGUCUCUUUUUGGCGGUGCACGCUGUCCUUUCAGCCCACACGGCCAGCUUAGCGCUCUUCGAAACCGUGCCGUCUUACAUUCCUGGCAUAAUGUUAAUACUGAUGGGACUAUUUACGAUGAUUCUGGCGAGACGAAAGCACAGAUACGGGCUUUUGAUGAAAGUCUGCGGCUCGGUCGGCGUCGUGUGUGCGCUGGUGUGCGUACUCGUGACGGUCACAACGACGGUGAUACACAUGUCCCGACUGCAGGGUCUUCGAGAGUGCGUUUAUACCGCAAGAGCCAGAUCGUGCACCUGUUACGGUACGCCGCAAUCGAAGGAGGACCCCGGUGUACUGUUCGAAGGUACUCCGCAUUGCGAAGCCGUUCACGGCGCCCUUUACGCGUGCCUGCGAGCCCUUUUCGGCGUCUCGGUCGCCGGGAUACUCGCCUGCAUAUUCUCCUGCAUGCUGGUUUAUCAACUCCUAAGCCACGAAAAGAAAAAGAUGUAUUGGGAACAGCUGGAGCUAAGAUGCAGAUCGUUGUACGGUCAAGGCGGGCCGGUCGGCCCACCGACCGCCUCCUGCGGGUGUUGCAACGAUUGCGGUGGGGCCAGUCCGUGGUGGGCCCAAACGCCAGGAAAUCUCUACACGCCGAAUCCGGACUUGGCGCCGUCGAGACGGUGGCGAUUACCGUGGUCCAGAUCCAGAGGACCAGCGCCGAGUCCCGACUCGAAUUACGGCUUCCACACGCAAACGAGACAGGCCGAGACUAACGCCGACAACGCGGCUGGUCCUUAUAGCGUCCUCAAUUCGCAGUCGAGCGGUCCUUAUUCCGUUCUGAAUACACCGAACGGACCCUACACGCCAAGCACAGCGUCUUAUAGCGUUUUGGAGACACCGGUUCCUCUCUGGGGCCCGCCACCACCUUACAGCGACCCGAACAGUCCAGCUCGUAGACCGCAAGUCGCGGACGCCAGGCCGAGGAUGAGCAAGAGGAUCGACAAUUUUGACGGCAACGAAGAUCACAGAUCGAGAUCGGCGAAACGUCCCUCGGACAAUUACGAGAACGCCGAAGAGAUUUCGAACAGUACCGAUCCCGAAGGCGGUAACGACGGUACUAUGAAGGGUAGGAGAGCUAGGAAACCCCUGAAAGGCGUCGAGAACGGAGCUUUCCAACAGGAACCCAAUCCCGCUGCCAAACAAUCCGAAAGCGAAUUGUAUUUCGGCGACGUUUCCUCGUGUUGCGGUCCGGAGAGUAGCUUUUACGAUCUGGCUGUCGAGAAAGAAGGAGCCGAGCAUUCGGAAGGGGUCGAUUAUUUGGCGGCUCGUUUGGGCAAGCGACAGCUGUCUAAACGAUCGAGACUUCCUCUUCCGUUGCCCUCGGACGGUGGCGACAUACCGUCCGACAGUUAUGCCAACAGCGACGAGCCCAGAAACGCUAGGGGUCCCUUUUUAGCUCCCGAUGCUCAAUACGAGGUCAUUCAGCAAGCCCGUUAUUCGUAUUACUCGCCGAAAGAGGACGAAGAGCUCGAGGAAGAGGCUGCCACGUCGAGUUACUUCAGAGAAGAGGAGACUGAUCGUCCAAGGGACAGAGAUUACAGGGACUAUCAUAGCGGCCAGGAAGAGGAGGCACCCCAGUGUUGUUUGAGCGACUCUACGACCUUGGAUUCUGGCUGGCAAAGCGCCGAGCAGCAACAAUCGGAUGACAACGUUCGACCGGUUAACGUGUAAUCGGUUUUCCUUUAUUUUUUCUUUUCUUUGCUUCGUUUUGUUUUGUUUUUUUUUUUUCUUUUUUCGAAGGAGAGAAUCGA